UUCAUUUUUACCUAGCCGGUGGUGAACCGUAAAACUCAUAAACUCAUUGAAGUUUGAUCAUUAUUCAUUAUUUAUAUGGUAAAGUGUAACCUAUACUAAAUAUUAGUAAAAAAAGUUUUUUUUUGAACACGUGAAGCCUUUAGUUAUUGAUUAGUGGUUGUAAAACAAGCAAAGAUAUACUAGCAAAAGUAUAGACCGACGAAAUGGACGAAUUCAAUAAUUAUAGUGUGACUGAGACAAAAGUUGAAGGAAAUAUAACAUUGGAUGCUGCAAUAUCCAACGACGAAACGUGGACGUUUCUUUGCAACUUGUGCCAGGAAUCGUUUGAUUCUAAAACGCAUAUGGCCCAUCACAAAGAAAAAUCACACAAUAAUAAUCUAACAACCCACAACUGUCGUAUAAAAUGUGACGACAAAGAUAUGUUCAGCGUUAUUAAAACAGAAAAUGUAAUAAAAAUCAAAGACGAUCUAGACAAAAUAGGCGAAGAACAGAGCAAGAAACCAACAGAGGACGUGAUUAUAAAACAAGAAAACGAAUAUAAUAUAGACCAACUCUCACAGCCGCGUUUGCCAUAUAUAAUUAGAUUAACCGAAGAGGUGGGUAUGCCAAUCAAAACAGAUGAUAAUUACAAAAAAGAAUCUGCUCUUGUACAACACAAACUAACUCAUGAAAAGCCCUACGAAUGUGACAAAUGCCCAAAGUGCUUCUCUCAUGAGGGCCAACUAAUACAACACAAAAAAAGCAUGCACGCUGCUAAGCCUCAUAUAUGUGACUUCUGUUCAAUGGCGUUUGUGACAAUAUCCUCUCUUAAAAGACACAAACGCAGUCACAAAGGUGAGAACUCCUACGAAUGUGACGAGUGCCAAAAGUGCUUCUCUCAAGAAGCUUAUCUAAUACAACAUAAAAAAAGCGUGCACGCUGGUAAUAAGCUCCACAUAUGUGACUUGUGCACAAAAACGUUUGCAAAAAAAAAAACUCUUGUAAAACACAAACUAACUCAUGAAAAGCCCUACGAAUGUGACGAGUGCCAAAAGUGCUUCUCUCAAGAAGCUUAUCUAAUACAACAUAAAAAAAGCGUGCACGCUGGUAAUAAGCUCCACAUAUGUGACUUGUGCACAAAAACGUUUGCAAAAAAAAAAACUCUUGUAAAACACAAACUAACUCAUGAAAAGCCCUACGAAUGUGACAAAUGCCCAAAGUGCUUCUCUCAUGAGGCUCAAUUAAUACAACACAAAAAAAGCGCGCACGCUGCUGAUAAGCCUUAUAUAUGUGACUUCUGUUCAGUGGCGUUUGUGACAAGAUCCUCUCUUAAAAGACACAAAAGCAGUCACAAAGGUAAGAACUCCUACGAUUGUGACGAGUGCCAAAAGUGCUUCUCUCAAGGAGCUUAUCUAAUACAACAUAAAAAAAGCGUGCACGCUGGUAAUAAGCUCCACAUAUGUGACUUGUGCACAAAAACGUUUGCAAAAAAAAAAACUCUUGUAAAACACAAACUAACUCAUGAAAAGCCCUACGAAUGUGACAAAUGCCCAAAGUGCUUCUCUCAUGAGGCUCAAUUAAUACAACACAAAAAAAGCGCGCACGCUGCUGAUAAGCCGAAAGAAUGUGUUGGGUGUCCAAUGUGCUUCUCUAAAAAAACCCAUCCGAUACAACAGAAAUGCGUGCCCGCCGAUGUUAAGCCUUAUAUAUGUGACUUUGUACAACAUAAACUAUGUCACUCCGGCAAUAAUCUCUUCGUAUGUGAGUUGUGCUCAAUGACGUUUGCGGAAAAAUCCGCUCUUGUACAACAUAAAAUAUGUCACCCCGGCGAUAAUCUCUACGUAUGUGAGUUGUGCUCAAUGACGUUUGCGGAAAUAUUUGCUCUUGUACAACAUAAACUAUGUCACCCCGGCGAUAAUCUCUACGUGUGCGAGUUGUGCUCAAAGACGUUUGCGGAAAAAUCCGCUCUUGUACAACAUAAACUAUGUCACCCCGGCGAUAAGUCAUACAAACGUGCCAUGUGCUCGAAGAAGUUUGCAACAAAAUCUGCUUAUGUAAAACAUAAUAAACGCGUGCACUUCGGUAAACAGUCCCACGUAUGUGACUUGUGCUCAAAGAUGUUUGCAAACAAAUCCUCUCUUAAAAAACACAAAUGUGAAAAGUCCUACGAAUGUAACGAGUGCUUAAAGACGUUUGAAAAAAGAUCCGCUCUUGUACAACACCGACUAAGUCACGUUAAGCUCUACGAAUGUGACGAGUGCCCAAAGUCAUUCUCUCAAAAUGCUGAUUUGAUACAACAUAAAGGCGUGCACACUUGUGAUUUUAUUCCUAUUAUAUAGUUAUUAAUUGUUUUUUUUAAUAGCUAACUUUCAUUAUCAUUGAUUACAUAUGUUGGUGGAUUAAUAAUACGAUUAUUAUUAUCGCCACUAAAUUCGUUAGCAUUUAAACAGAAACAUAUUUUAUAGCUCGUUAUUUUAGUUUUAACAGACAAGUAAAAAAAUAAAAUAAAAUUAUAUGGUAUGUUAUUUAUCGUUCAUGGGCCUUUGUGUACAAAUGUAAUUAAUUUUACUACUUAAAAUAUUUUUAGAUUUACGCUUACGAUAAAGUGCAAAAGACUGAAGUAUAAGUAAAACGAAGUAAAG